GAACAGCGCGCGUGUCGUCAUGACAUGCCCCCAACAAGUGCCCCUUUAUAUGUAUCCGCUCUAUCGCCAUCAACCUAACAUUUUCAACCCAAUUUUGGACUCUCAGAUCCAUGAACCGGAGUUCAUAUUCGCUGGAGAUUGCUCUUCUUGAUUGAUGUAGAGGACUGGAUUUUUGGCCAUGGAGACGGAAAAUCCGGGUAAUUAUACUUUCACGGGAAGGAGUUUCAGCGAGUUGAGUAACAACGAUGAUUCCUCUGCUUUCAGCGACUGUAACAGCGACAGAUCCGGAGAGUUUCCGACAACCUCGUCUCAGAGCCGGCGGUUGCUCCUCUCCUGUGCGGCCGAGAACUCCGAUGAACUGAUUCAUAAUCUCGUAUCGGAUCUCGAGUCCUGUUCGAUUGAAGAGCAGAAGCAAGCGGCCAUGGAGAUUCGGUUACUCGCGAAGAACAAAUCAGAGAACCGUAUCAAAAUUGCUAGGGGAGGCGCAAUUAAGCCGCUAAUUUCGUUAAUCUCCUCCUCCGAUUCUCAACUUCAAGAGUACGGUGUCACUGCGAUUCUGAACCUCUCUCUCUGUGACGAGAACAAGGAACUCAUAGCCUCAUCGGGAGCCAUCAAGCCACUGGUUAGGGCCCUAAAAACAGGGACAUCGACAGCGAAGGAGAACGCAGCUUGUGCUCUGCUUCGCCUCUCACAGGUGGAAGAGAACAAGGUCGCAAUCGGGAGGUCAGGUGCGAUUCCACUCCUUGUGUACCUUCUAGAGACAGGUGGAAUCCGCGGGAAGAAAGACGCUUCAACGGCGCUAUAUUCUCUAUGCUCUGUCAAAGAGAACAAAAUCAGGGCUGUCCAGGCCGAGAUCAUGAAGCCACUGGUGGAAUUGAUGGCGGAUUUCAGUUCCAACAUGGUUGACAAAUCAGCGUUCGUGUUAAGCGUGUUGGUUACGGUGCCGGAGGCGAGAACAGCAUUGGUAGAAGAAGGUGGAAUCCCCGUACUGGUCGAGAUCGUGGAAGUUGGUUCACAAAGACAGAAGGAGAUCGCAGUGGUGAUUCUGUUGCAGAUUUGCGAGGACAGUGUGGUGUACCGUAGUAUGGUGACCCGCGAAGGAGCGAUUCCUCCCUUGGUGGCUUUGUCUCAAUCCGGCACCAGUCGCGCCAAGCAAAAGGCGGAGACACUGAUAGAGCUUCUACGGCAACCAAGAUCCGGCAACCCCGCUGCGAGAACAUCAGAUAUGUCAGUGUGAGUGUCCCCAUCCACAUGCAAAAGAAUAUCGAAAUGAUCAAAUCAGUAAAAACACAGUAGUUUUGUUUUUUUUUUUUGGAAAACAAAAAAAAUUGUAAAUAUCUUUGUGACAGUGCUUGGAAGUUGGAAUGACUUGAUUUUGGUUUCAUAUUCGUCUC